AUGUCUUCUGACAAGAUAUCCUUCGAGCUGUUUAGAUAUGAUCCAUCUCUGGCUGCGGCAGUGACUUUUAUCGCCCUCUUCCUUCUCGUCACGAUUAUUCACGCCUACCAGAUGUUUCGCACUCGAACAUGGUUCUUUACCCCAUUUGUUAUUGGAGGCUGUUGUCAGUGGAUUGGGUACAUUGGGAGGGCCAUAUCAAGCACAGAGUCUCCGAAUUGGACAUUGCCACCUUACAUUAUCCAAACCAUUCUACCCUUAGUGGCCCCGGCUUUGUACGCUGCCAGUAUAUAUAUGGUUUUAGGUCGAAUAAUUCUCGUCACGAAUGGGGAAAAGUACUCGAUUAUCAAGAAGAAGUUUCUCACAAAAAUAUUUGUGGCCAGCGACAUUGUCUCGUUUUUGCUACAAGGUGGUGGCGGCGGCAUCAUGGCAAGCGCUACGGCUGAAGCCCUCGACACGGGCAGGAACAUCAUCAUCGGGGGACUAGUGGUGCAGGUGGUGAUAUUUUCUGUCUUUGCCAUCACAGCAGCUAUCUUCCACUGGCGCAUGCGAACCGGCCCAACUGAACUCGCCUACGAAUUCAAAUGGGAACUGCAUCUGUGCGUUCUCUACAGUGCCUCGCUCCUCAUUAUGGUCCGAUCAAUUUUUCGCUUGAUCGAGUACGUCGAGGGCAAUGACGGCUAUCUCAUAUCCCACGAGAUCUUCCUCUACAUUUUCGAUAGCGCGCUCAUGUUUGCUUGCAUGGUCUUGCUUGCUUGGUACCACCCGAGCGAGAUAAACGCGCUUCUAAAGGGAGGGGAAAGGAAAGCCGUUCGGAGGGUCUUUAUGAUUUACUCACCACUGAACUCUAGUACAAGCCUGGCCUAA